AUGUCUAAAAAGCCAUCAGCAACAACAACUACAGAAUCAAGUACAGAUUAUGAAAUACGAAGACCUAAACACGAUAUCAAAUGGUACAUUUCCUACUAUCGAUUCAAAUCGAAACAAUUCCUCACCAAUCACUGGAAGAAAAUUCUCAUCCUCUUAUCGUGGCUCGGAAUUGGUUAUUUAUCACAUCAAUAUGAAUUCAUGAUCGUCUUUGCCAUAUUUACAACUAUUGGAUUAAUAUUCUACAAUUUGGAUUGGCGAGAAAAGAGCAAGGAAGAACGAGAACGUACUCUAUCAGCCUGGAGUGUUUUCAAUAAGGGUUUCAAAUCAAUUCCGGGAACAUUUACUGCUGAAGAACAAAUUAAUACCAUGACUGGUGGAGCACUCAAUCAUAGACGACAUUAA